AUGGGUUCACUGGUGGCCAAGCUCCUUCUGCCCACCCUCAGCACCUUGGUCUUCCUCCCUGUCAUCAGCAUCGCGGCCAAGCGGCGUUUCCACAUGGAAGCCAUGGUCUACUUCUUCACCAUGUUCUUCAUAGCGUUUUACCAUGUGUGUGAUGGUCCUGGCUUAUCCGUGCUGUGCUUCAUGCGCUACGAUAUCCUGGAGUACUUCAGCAUCUAUGGGACAGCUCUGUCCAUCUGGGUGUCCCUGAUGGCCCUGGCAGAGUUUGACGAACCCAAGAGAUCAACCUUCAUCAUGUUUGGUGUCCUCACCAUCGCCCUGAGGAUCUACCACGACCGCUGGGGCUACGGCGUCUACUCGGGACCCAUCGGGACGGCCGUGCUGGUGAUCACUGUCAAAUGGCUACAAAAGAUGAAAGAGAAGAAAGGGCUCUACCCAGACAAGAGUGUCUACACCCAACAAAUUGGUCCUGGCUUCUGUUUUGGGGCCUUAGCACUGAUGUUGAGGUUCUUCUUUGAGGACUGGGACUACACCUACGUGCACAGCUUCUACCACUGUGCCUUGGCCAUGGCCUUGGUGCUGCUGCUGCCCAAGGAGAACAAGAAGGCUGGGAGUGGUGGGACCCCUGCCAGGCUGGACUGCUCCACACUCUGCUGCUGUGUCUGA